GUAUAUAUUAAUCUGUGCUGUGGUAAUUAAUUUGUAAACAAAUAGCAUUUUAAAAUGAAAAAUGAAAAUGUGCUUAAUAAUUUUCAUUGCUGUUGACUCUAAAUAUAUAGUGAACUAAUUACAGAGUGAAAUUUAGUGUUAUCAUCAUGGAAGACGUGUUAAUAUUAAAGGAUUACAAAACUGUACCAGACAUUGUUCACGAAUACUCACCGUCGUUGAAGUUUGGUCAUAUCCCACUUGUAAUUGACAAUGGAUCUUACCAAUGUAGGGUGGGUUGGUCAAUACAUGAUGAACCGCAUUUGAUUUUUAAAAACCUAAUCGCCAGACCUCGUAAAGACCGGUGUAAAAAAGAUGCAGAGCCCCCUGUCACCCCACCUAUACAAAUAGGAAAUGAUAUAAUUAAUAUAGAAGCUGUCAGAUUUCAAUUGAAAACCCAAUUUGACAAGAAUGUGGUGACCCACUUUGAGGUACAGGAGUUGGUAUGUGACUACAUAUUCUCACAUCUAGGCAUUGACAAUGAAGGCAGUGUACCACACCCUGUUGUCAUGACUGAAGCUUUUGUAACACCAAACUAUAGCCGACAAUUAAUGUCAGAACUCCUUUUCGAGGGCUAUGGUGUGCCAGCAGUGAGUUACGGUGUAGACUCAAUCUUCAGCAUGUACCGGAAUGACAUUGGUGACACUGCCCUUAUUGUCAACAUGGGCUACCACACUAUACACAUAAUACCAGUUAUAAGAGGCAAGGUUAUUGAAGAGCAUGCUAGGAGAAUUAAUUUAGGUGGUAGUGAAAUAAUUUGCUACAUGCAUAAGCUGUUGCAGUUAAAGUAUCCCGUGCACGUGAAUGCUAUAACAAUGUCUAGGAUAGAAGAGAUUCUGCAAGAGCACAGUACUAUUGCUCUGGACUACCAGGAGGAGAUCAGAAAGUGGGCGAACCCUGAUUAUUAUGAAGCUAAUGUAAAGAGGAUUCAACUGCCUUUUGUGCAGCCUGCUAGCUCUUCUGGUUUAACAGCUGAACAACAAAAGGAAAGAAAAAAAGAAAUGGCGCGGCGUCUUCUAGAAAUAAACGCAAGAAAGCGAGAGGAAAGACUUGCAGAGGAUGAGGAACAAUUAAAUCAGCUCCUAGCACUUCAGGAUCUAAUAGAGGAAGGUGACACGGAAGAAUUCAAUGAAGCAAUCAAAAGUUUUGAAAUAAAAAACUAUGGCGAUCUGCAGAGGCAAAUAUCAAAUCUCAACAUGCGUAUAGAGAAGAACAAGCAACGCAUCGCCACGGCGGCGAACGCCGAGGAGCCGCCGGAACCCCGGCCGACGGGUCGCUGGCAGGCGCCCUCGGACCCGGAGGCGUUCCAAAUCUGGCUCAAUGACACGCGCGCUAAGUACCGCGAGGUGCUGGUGCGGCGCGAGGCCCGGCGCGCGCGCCGCGCCGCUAUGGUGAAGCGGCGCACGGCGGCCGCGGCCGAGCGCAUGCGCGCCAUCUCGCGCUUGGCGGCCGCGGGCGACGACUUCGGCUACCGGGACUCCGACUGGGAUGUCUACAAAAGCAUAAGCCGCGAAGCAGACUCGGACUCCGAGGCGGACGGCGAGCGACUUGUGGAGCUGGAGGAGGCGCUGCGCGAGCACGAGCCGGCGCAGCCCAGCCACCACCAGCACCAGCUGCACCUCGCCAUCGAGCCUUACCGAGCUCCAGAAUUAAUAUUCCAACCGUCGAUGAUGGGAAACUUGGAAGCUGGCUUAGCGGAGUGUAUGGAGUACGUGUUCAAGCACUUCAGUCCUGAAGAUCAGUUGUUGUUGGCGAACAACGUGUUCCUCACUGGCGGUUGUUCGCAAUUUCCAGGCCUUAAAGAAAGAUUAGAAAAGGAGCUUCUCGAGAUGCGUCCGUUCCAGUCGACGCACAAAGUGGUAAUGGCGCAGAACCCCAGUCUCGACGCGUGGUACGGCGCGCGCGACUUCGCCGGCAGCAACGAGUUCGACAACUGGUGCAUCACCAAGGAGGACUACUACGAAAUGGGCGGCGAGUAUCUGAAGGAGCACCACGCUAGCAACAGAUACUACAAAAGCCCGGCGCCAAUCAUAGACAAUACGUUGGCUCCCGCUGGUGACGCUAAUGUUAUUAAAGAGGAAAUUGUCGUUGACUGCUAAUAUUUAAAUCAUUUAUUUCAUAAGCUGAAUGUAUUGAAAUAAAUACUGUUUAAAACUUA